AUGCCUGGUUCUCCAGUAACACGUUCUUCAUCACCUCCACCACCACUGCCAUCAUUUGAUCCAUUGGCUAAGCAACUAGUAUCUUGGACUCAUGAACAACUUUUAGAAAGAGUCAUGCAAUUGGAAAAAGAAAAAGAAUUGGUUGCACGACAAGCUACUGGUACAUUUGACGCUUUAGAUGAACUUAUUGAACAUGUCAAAGAAGUACACAUAGGUAGUGGAAAGACAAACUACUAUUGUGGAUGGAAGGACUGUGCUAGACAAGUAAAACCAUUCUCGAAAAGACAUAAAAUGUAUAAUCACCUUCGUACACAUACAGGCGAAAAGCCUUUUAUAUGCCAUGAAGCAGAUUGUGGAAAAAGAUUCUCAAGACCAGAUUCUUUAGUAACACAUAGCAAAAUUCAUUCCAAUGAAAGAUCAUAUCUUUGCUCAUUCAAGGGCUGCCAAAAGGCUUACUAUCAUUUGAAGUCGUUACAGAAGCACGAAAAAGCUCAUCAAAAAGGCUCUAACAACAAUGAUAAUUGUUCUGUGGCAUUGAACAAUAAUGAUGGAAACAGUAAUGAACAAUUGUACUCCCCGCCACCUUUACCACUCUUAUCAGCAACACUGCCACAACAGCUGCAGCAACAUUGUACAAUUUCAGGUUAUCAACAAAACUACAGCAGUACCAACGAUGAGCUUAGUUGCAACGCUAUUACAAUGGCAACGACAGCGAUGACGGCAUCCAACACCAAUAUUUUGAACAGCUCAAUACCAAUCAUACAACACGACCAUGAUGACGCAGAGGUUCGCACUGUUUGGGGAUUGCUGACUCAAGCCGCCGUCUUCGACGUUAUGAAUAAGGAGCAAAAAUAUCCUUUUAUAUAA